AGGUGCCUUUCUGUACACUGCAAAUCUCCUUAAGCCUGCAGAGGGACAACUGUGCAACUCCACAGACAUCCCCCAGCCUGCAAUGCAUAUUGCUUUGCUUAGUGAUAGGCGGACAGACGUAUGAUUAACGUCACUUAGAAUAACCUAACAUUUGAACCACCUUUGGAACCGAAGUAUCCCAGAAUUUUAACGCCUCUGCACCACCAGUCUGCUCGGACAAAUGUCAGAUAAACGAGUCUUGCUGCUGCAGCAAGACGUUCAUGUCAUGAAACAGAGCUUUGCACUCACAACCGUCCUAUGAAUGAUAUAUGUUACACCUGGAAAACCCGAGCUGUGUGCAAAAGAAACACCGAUUUAACACAUUUCCUGCGGCGUUGUCUGCGACUUCGGUAAAGUAAUUUCUUGUUAAAACUUGUCUGAAGAGAGAGAGAGGAACACAAAUCAUUAAAAAAAAAAAUCUACUAGACUCCGCCUUCUUCUCUGGAUUUAUGGCAGUAGUUAAAGUCAAAGGAAACUAAUCUGUACUGUACAGUAGUACAUCGAGUCGUGUUUCACAGCUCUUCAAACCAGUCUGAAAGAUAUGUUGUGAACAUACCACAGCCUGUGCCCGUAACGGUUUUCAGAAUAAAAAAAAGCAAAAUUUGGGAUUAGCGGUGAAACGAUGUCCAGUUUGAAGAGGCAAAGUUCCUGGCAGGAAGACAUAGCAAAAAACUUUUCCAGACUGUUUUCGAGAACCAAAUCAGAGGAUGAUGGAAAACUGGUGGGCAAAACGGCAGAGAUUAUUAACAGUUCGGAGAACAAAGAAAAUGAGAUAAUCAGCCCCAGUGAGACCAAAGAAGAACCCCUUUCCGAGGAGUUGCAGGCUGAUUUAUCACAGGGUUUCCAAGGCACGGAUAUAAAGAACACAUCCCCAAAGGAUGAAGUCAGGUUCCAAUCAGAGGAUCCAGCCAGCCUGCCUCUCCCCGCCUCUGCUGCUGCUGCUGCUCCUCCUGUAACCAAACAGGCUGGGGAUGCGCCGCCUUUAGAUGUGUUUUUCAAAAAGCUCAGCAGCCUGUUUAAUUUGUCAUCAAAGUCUGAUUCAGAGGAUCCCAAGAGCUCUGCUCAGCAGGGGGCUGGCGUGACACAAGAUGCCGAUCAGAACCUGAAAGGGAUGCCAUCAGAAGGACAGCAGAAUGGAACACUGAGGGACCCCAGUGAGAAGCUGGGAGCAGCAGAGAGCCAGUCCCAGCCGAAGUCAGAGAGGCAAAGAGUGGAGAAAGCACAGGACCAUCUGGGAACUGACAAAGAGGCAGCAUCUCAGCAAAGCCCAGUCCAGCUUCCACCUGGAUUGCAUGAACCAAACAAACAGAACGGGUGGACUUCAGACUCACUGCAGCUGGAUCAAAGCUACAGCAAUGGCAAUCAUUUAGUAUCUGGUGAAGCAGCUGUUGAAGAGCCAACCUCCAGCACAGCUGCUCAGAGCCACGAUCUGUCUUGUCCGUCCGCCGUCACCUAUGCAACCUAUCGAGGCUUGAGAAAGAUGAAAAAGCUGAUGAGGAAACAGCUGCCUCAAGUGGCGUCUCCUAUACCGGAAGUAUUGGAAGAUGGCAUCAUUCAGAGCAUGAACAGCGAGCACACAGGCAUCUCAGGAACUGCUGGAGAGGCGAGCAGCUUCCAGCUAACUGGACAGACAAAUGUGGAGAGCGCUGAGAGUCUACAUGGUAGGAACCCAGGGACAGCCUCUCCUCACGCCAGGCUUGGGUCAGAACCAGAGGACUAUAGCAAUACGGACAGCCAACCUGAGGGACCAAUCAGAUCUUUGAAACAAAACGGAGCAUACAUUGACACUGACCCCCAUAAUCAACCACGUCCAGGACUACACGAGAGCAAGCAAAAUACACUGCCAGUUAAUGAACAGCUUGCCAAGCAGCAUACCUCAGCAGACAUGGACAUGAUCUCUGAUUCCAGCAGUGCUUUAGCAUCCUUAGCAGCUGCAGCUAAGGAAGGGAAUGAUAUGCACUUGUCCUCAGAAGGCGUGCUGUCACCAGCCGCUAAUGAGACCCAAAGGGAUGUUGCAGGUAACUCUGACAAGGAAACUGCCAAGCCGAUGUCAGGGAUUUUCAACGAGGCAACAGACGGACAAACUGAGCAAGCAGAAAUUCUAUCCCACCAAAAGGACAUCGCAAGGUCACUUACAGAGGCCAACGCUGUGCUCCACAGCCAAGCUGAACGACCCCAGGGAACUGAACACACAUACCAACCGGCUGCUCACAGCAUGUCCAUAGCUUCUCCUGGUUACCAGAACAACCCAGUGUUUCGGUAUAAUAUUUCAUUACCUGAAGCUCAGGAAACCGACAUCAAGGAAAUACUAAUACCAGGUGCUAGGUCUGUUGAAACCGUGGGACAAGAACACAGUGCUCUAAAGGAAAAUGAAAGUAAACCGAUCCCAGCAAGGAAGCAAGAAACAGCAGAGGCAGAUAUUAAUAUACAUGCCUUGCAAUCAGAGUCGAGGCAGAUGGUUCAAAAUAUCCUGAGGAACGCCUCUGCAGCUCUCCAGAAACUAGACGCCUCUGAAUCCGAGAAUGCAGAUCUGCUGAAUGUUAAUUCAGAGGAUUUAAGUAGUGUACUGAAAUCAGCUGAACCAAGAGGCCAAAGUAUAGAGACUCCUACAGGGAAGGUAAAUGAAAGCAGUCUCAGAUUGGACUUGAACUCAGCAGCAUCACCUACUCAAACAAACACACCAUCUACAUCUAGCACUCCAACAGAAAUGAAACAGACCGUAGCGUAUUCACAUUAUGAAUCCCUGCUUGAUUCAGACAUUCACACUAAGCCCAACAUUUCUGUAUGUGUGGAAUCUGCCUUGUAUAGGUAUCACCAAAGCUCUAUUGAAUCUAAUGAUAGUGAAAGGCAAGCGGACAACCUCACUCAGAACAGCAAACCAAUGACAUCCAUUUCUGAAAGGGUUAACACUGGUAUAACAUUAGGGCAGGACACUGUAACAGAAGAGCAACCAGUCAAUGUGUCAUUUAAAGACAAUGAAGAUAAAUUACACGCAACAGAGACAGAAAUGAACAGGGAUUUCAAUGCAACCAUAUCUAGAAAAGCCACAGAAAUAGUCAAUGAAGUUUUCCAGUUAGCCAAAGUCACUGUAUCCAGUGAGCAACAUAGCCACUGUUUGCCUAAAGUCACUCAAGAGGAAACUGUCGACAUACCACAAAGGUUUCCCAUAGAGGAAAUCCAUUCAGUUGUGACAACUAAUGUGAAGGAACACCCAGGUCAAGUUACUGAUGUUGCUCAAGAAGUUAGUGGACCAUUUACAACUGAAGCCCAAACCAGAGAGCUUAAUGGCGUAACCAAGCUGAAAACCUCCCUCAGUACCGAGACUGCUUUAAUACCGAAAGCUAAUCUAGUCGCAGAACUAAUUCUUUCAGCUCCACAAGAACUUUCCCAGAAAUCGGACACAGCUAACGAUAUCUGCGAUGGCACAAAAACAACAAAUGACAUCACAGAAAAUAAAAUCACUUUGACUUCUGACCAGUGCGAUGGAACCAGCACUGAAACACCCUCGAAAUGUCUCAAGGAUGCCUGGCAAGCAGAAGAAGCCGGUGACAGGUCUACAAAACCCCAAGAUUUCCAUGAGGUCCCUCAUAGAGAUGGAGAAGAAGGUCAGCCUUUCCUUUUAGUUAAGAGUUAUUUAGUUUCUGUCCUAGAAGGCGAGUCAGACCUGGGCUAUUCUGAUAGCGUUCUCAGCACACAUCCAGGAUGUGCUGAACAGGAACUUGUCUCCAGCAGUGAGCUGCCUGUUAUUAACCUGCAUGUGUAUGAUGAGCAGGAAUCUCACAAGAAUGAAGUCGAUGGCAGCUUUGCUGCCAUUAGUGAGGAAGAUGAGGCAGAAGCAUCUGGCUAUGAACAAGGUAUGCUGCUCAGUCAAAACUUCAGGAGGAAACAGCUAUACCCUUUUUCUUUAUCUCCAAUAUUUGAGGAGGAGAGUUCUAGAGAGGAUACAAAUAUGGAGGACCUUCCAGAAAACGAGGAGGAGGUAAUGAAGAGUGCUGAAGACCAAGCCCUCUCCAUCCUCUCUCUCCUCCAGUCAGUAAGCGAGAGGCUUAAGCUCAGCAGUUUAUCGAAUAGAGAUGAGGACUGUUUCGAAGAACCAUCUCGGGCUGAGGUGGAUUCUCCUUCUGAGGAUUCCAGCAUGAGGAGAGAUGACAAUGCAAUUCAGACAACAGAGGAAGACCAAAUCGCACAGAUGAAAAAAACACUCCUUGAGGAAACCUGCAAUGACGGUACAGCAUUGACUGAGACUUCUGGGCCACUUGUUAGGGUAAAAGAAAAUAACUCCACAGAACCACUGGUGAGUGAAAACAAAGGAGUAUGCCAGACCACGCAGGACACAUCAAGAUCCUCAGACAUUCCUUUUAAAGCUUCUGCUGCCAGCGUUAGCCCGAUAUAUCAGUAUUUACAAGCGAUUCCAUCCAUCCCAAAACACCAGGAAGUCCCACAAUCCACUAUAAAACAACACUUGGCGGAAGAAGAUUUUCCGAACAGCGUGGCGUCUGAUCCGAAACCUGGAGGCACGCCAACAGGCCUGAUUGAUACAAGGAAUUUGAAGAUCAACCCAAGACCGGGUAAAAUGAUCAUCUAUGACGCCAUUAACUUUUCUGGAAAAAAGCACGAAAUUCUCAGUAACAUCCAGGAUGCCACGUCAAUGAUGUUUCCACAAGGUGUCUCCAUCAAGGUUGUCAGAGGAUGCUGGGUCUUGUAUGCGGAACCACGAUACAGAGGGCAGUACCUCGUUCUGCAGGAAGGGGAGACGGUGCUGAGUCACUUUGGGGGCUCUCCCACGACGGUGGCAAUUGGUUCAAUUAAGAGAGUAGUAGAGAAUCACAGUAUUCCAGAAAUUCAGCUUCGCCGUCUGCAAGGCAACAUCCAAGGAACUUCUGUGAGCUUCCAAAACGAAAUCAAGGACCUGGAAGCACUUGGAGCUGCCCCUGACCUUUCUUCUGUCACGGUCAAGUCUGGGUGCUGGCUUGCCUACGAUGACACCAAUUUCAGUGGAAACUCCGUCCUUCUGCAAGCAAACGAUUCAGCUUCACAGGAUGCUGGCAAACCAGAAAUCACCCACGUGAAAUCACUGCGGCCACUGGAAAUGGGUGGCCUGAAAGUACAAAAGCCUUUGGAUCCCAAGAUUGUACUGUACGAGUUUGCCUGCUUCACUGGACAGUCCAAAGAGGUCACUGAUAACGUCCACAAUGUAUCGGCACUGAAGGGACUGAUUGGAGUGGGGUCACUACGGGUCAUCGGUGGAGUAUGGGUUGCCUACACAGCGGAAGGGUAUAAUGGAAAGCAGUACUUGCUUGAAGAGGGUGAAUAUUUAGACUGGCAAGCAUGGGGUGGAUUGAAUAACACGGUGCUGUCCCUGCACUAUGUACAGGCUGACUUUGUAGAGCCUUCAGUAACAUUGUUUGAAGAGGGGCAGUUAAAAAACACAAACAAGCCCGAUAUCGCAGACCUUGACAUUCCAGACCUGGAGAGUGUUGGCUUCGAAAAGGGGAUAGAUUCAAUUCACGUUUCAAACGGAGUAUGGGUGGCGUACCGGCAGAAGCACUUCUGUGGAGAGCAGUACAUCCUGGAGAAAGGAGUGUACAAGAGCAUGUCUGACUGGGGAGGAUCAGACAGCACAAUCCUGUCCAUUCGGCCCAUCCGACUGGAGACCAUGGGAAGCACUGAACCUCAGUACUUGCUGAGACUGUACAGUGAGCCUCAUUACCGUGGAAGAUGUGCCGAAUAUACUACAGAGGCCCUGGACUGCUCUGUGUUUGAACCCAAGUCUUUCAGGGUGAUUCAUGGGAGCUGGCUGCUCUUUGAUGAAGAAGGCUUUGCUGGCAAUCAGUUUGUACUGGAAGAAGGUCUUUACCCUGAUCUCACUUCCUGUGGUUGCAUGGCAACAUCCAUCAAGUCAAUGAAGCCUAUUCAAUAUGAUUUCUCCGAGCCUUCCAUCAGUCUGUUUUCUCUGGACUCCUUUGAAGGCAAGGAGCUGAUUGUGGAGGAAUCUGACAUCUCCCUUCUGAACAAGAACUUCUUCUCCCAGUCUGUCAGAGUGACCAGCGGACUGUGGGUUGUGUAUGAAUAUGCCAGCUUUAAGGGACGACAGAUGCUCUUGACUGGGGGAGAGUUUAGGUGCUGGAGUGACUACAGCGGCUGGAAUACGAUUGGCUCCCUACAGCCUCUGCCACAGCCUAAAGUCUACAUCCGGUUGAGAAACCGGGCGCUGGGCACAUUCCUGACUGCUGAAGACAACGGAGAAAAAUCUAAACCGUCAAGAGUUUCCGUUUGUCCUUCCAAUGGGAAAAGCACACAGAUCUGGACCUUCAGUCAAGGGCUUUUAAAAUCCAAGGUUAACAAGACAUGCAUGGCGCUCAUUGGGGGGAAAAGCACUGCGGGAGCCAACGUGGCGCUCUGGCCAGAGCACGGGCGGAUUCAUCAGAGGUGGAGGUUUAACAAGGACAGCACAAUCACAAGCUAUCUGAACGCCAGCCUCGUGCUGGAUGUUAAAGGUGGAAAGGGUUACGACAAGGAUCAUUUGAUUAUGAAUCCACAUACAGCAGGUCAGAUCACACAGCUUUGGGAUAUCGAAAUGCUGUAAAACGAACUUGGAUAAGCUUGGAAGGUGAACUCAGGAGGCAGAAGGGCCACCAAGGAGCCUGCAGAGGACAAGCUGCUUUCAGAAAUCUCAACUGUAAACUGACAAGGCACAGAGGGAAAAACAAGCCUGCAGUACGGUAACGCUCUAGCUAUUGAGUAUAAAUAUUGAGCUAUGGACAGACAGUAUUGGGAAUACGAAGCGCUUGAAAUUGAUCGAACUGUACCACGCUGGGAUAUGGAUUGUUUUUUUUUUUAGAGCAUUUUACAGCACGUGGAUUGCAUGAACCGUUUCCAGGGGUAUUCCCGGGAUAACCACUGCUGCAGUAAGGUUACCUGUGAAUGUCCUCGUAGCUAUUAGGAUCUGUUCAAAACAAUAUAGAAUUUCACUGUGUUGCUUUAGUGGAAUAACACAUUACUGCACAUUCCCCCUAGAAAAUGUGCACUAAGGAUCAUCACAAUUUUAAACUAAGUAGUAAUUGCUUAUCUUUACUUUGCAAUUACGUUACUGCACCCUUUUUAUGUAAUAAGAUUUAGGAUUAUUGUUCAUAGUGAAGUUUUUAAUGGUCCUGUCAUGCCAGGAAUGAUGGUAAUGGUAUAAUGUCUUCAGGCAUACAAGUUAUACCAAUGUGUGGGUUAAGACUUCCUUAAAGCUUGCUAAAAAAAUGGUCCUUGACUCACUUACAGGACAAGGAUAUUGUACCAGACCACAGACUCUGAUAUGACGGGACAUUGCCCUUCAUCUAAUAAAACAAUAGUUAAAACAAAUCCUAUACAAAAAUGCAUCUAAAGAGUAAUGAUAAAGUGCAAUGUAAUAAAAUACUUUUAAUGUACAGCUUUACAAGCUGGUAUCGAUGCUGACUGGGAACCAAAAUCCUACUUGAAGUAAAUAUAUUUUGAACAUUUACUAUCAUUCGAUCUUGGCUGCCUUUUGCGAGCAGAAAACAUGUAAACCAGGAAAUUAAGUUGGUUUGACAACACAGCAGAUAAGCUUCUAUUCAAACAAGCCCCCGUGGGGAUUGUGGAAACAGAUGUGUGAAAUGAAACUGCUUAAAUAAUGAAUGUUAACAUUGUUAAUAUUUAAUAUAAUCUGUAUGUACGUCAGUAAUAAUCCAUGACAAGCACGUCUUCAUACAGCAUAUACAUGAUGUUACUGCUUGAAAAUGGAGAGUAUGAUGCAAAACGACGACAUUUAUGCAACGAUCUUGCUGAGCCUUGCUUUUACUGAAAAGACCCUCUUUUACCACAUGCCACUGCUGUUAUGGUCGUACUAGCUCACAGCACCCUCGCUCAAACACUGCCAAGAUGCCAUCAAUACUGAUACAGUACCACACUCCUCGCUCUGAAUAAAUUAAUGAUGCACUGCUGGAGUCCGUAUUCACCUGGAAUUAGGACUUGUACCUGACAGGCAGUGGUCAAGGCAUUUUCUGUGAAAGCAAUAACAUACUCUAAACUCAACAUGAAUCAACAACUGUAAUCAGUGCAAUUCCUAGAGAUUACUGAGACUGUAUAUAUACAUGUAUAUUGUGACCAGUACUGGCAAUACUGUAUUGUGGAAUCUAGUCUUUUAAAAUAUGUAUAUAUACAUUCAGCUUCUAUAAACUGACUUGUGUAAAAUAGUGUGCAUUACAAUUGUUUUCGUUUUGAAAUGGAAGAUGAUGUAUGUUUUUAAAAAUAUAUAUUUUUUAACUGCAAA